AUGAAGUUCAUUGCUCCUCUCUCCGUCGCCCUCUUCGCGACGGCAGCUGUUGCUGCUGAGUCCCAGUCGGACGACCAGGAAAUUUCUCAGUGUGCGCAAAUGUGUUUGAACAACAUGCUGGGUCUCGCAGGCUCUCUGGGCUGCCAGGAGAACGACCUGGGAUGCUUGUGCAGCAACAAGGACUUUGGAUACGGCAUCCACGACUGCACGGUGGAGGCUUGCCCCAAUGAGAACGUUGCCGCGGUUGAGUCAUAUGCUGAAUCCUUGUGUGCCUCUGCUGCUGCGGCAGCUUCUGGAUCUGCUACUCGCUCGGGUACCGAGCCUUCAGGUACGCCUACUCCUACUGCUAGUGGUGAAUCCUCGCCGAUAGGUUCAGGUACAGCCACUGGCACUUCUGGGUCUGGCAGCGAGACCGAGACUGCGACUUCGGGAACUAGUGCCACCAACAUUGGUGGUGCCUCCACCCCUAUUACCACUGAGCCCAUCGUGACGACUAUCACUUCCGGAACCUCCACCUUGAAGAGUACGAUUGGCAGCACCACUUUGUACACUCGCACCAGCACUGGCUCCAGCAACACCUCUGGUGCUACCACUUCCACCGAGUCCGCGUCUCGAUCUACUACCACCGGUGGAGCCACUACCACCAAGAGUGGUGCAAACAGCUUUGUGGGUGCUACUCCUAGCCCGUCCAAGGUCGUUUCCAGCUCUUCGGCUGCUGGUGCCCACCCGAUGGCCACUGUGGGCAGUGGAGCGGCUGGCGCCCUGGGUUUGGCCGCUCUUAUGAUGCUGUGA